AUGGACCAAGAAACAACACCCCCAUCACAACCCCCCACCAUCAAGAAGCCCACUCGCCAUGAAAAAGGCGGCAAGAGGCCAUCCCCCAAGACUCUCAACCCGCUCCAGAUUGGCAUCCAAGACUUUGUGAGAAACAAUAUCGCCCCAGAAACACUGUCCCAAUAUGGCCUCUCACCAGAGACGCUACAAUCCAAUCUCCCAAAACGCUUCACGGUCUACGAGCCCAUGCUCCUCCUCCCCGUGAACGCCUUCAGCAGCCCCCCAGCUUGGAGCGCCCUGUACCAAUCCCUAACCGCUCCACAGCAACAGGCCCUCUACGCCUCACUCGUAAAGGCCUUCAGUCGCAUGGGCGUAACGCAUAUCGCCAUCAACGCGCCCAUCGCGCCCACAGACACGCAAGGCCACGAGAACCGCAUGCGCAGUCCCGCUGGCCUCGUCCCACUGUACGGCGACUUUGGGCCUCCUGCUACUACUGGUGCUACUAGUACUAUUUCUCCCGCUGGCGAAGAGGGCCAGCCGAGCGAUGAGGACCUGGAACGGGCGUUCUGGGUGCGCACGAUACAGAACCAUGGGAUUGUGCAGAUCUGGGCCCCGCUCUAUACGAUGUUCUCCCGCGGGAACGUUACGGAGAAAGCGCGGGUUUUGGGCCACGGGGCCCCGUUCGAGGGGUUGGAGGUGGCCCAGUUGGAUGGGCAGGCCGUUUCGGAUGUGGGUGUUGUGGAUAUGUAUGCUGGGAUCGGGUAUUUUGUGUUUUCGUAUCUGAAACGGGGGGUGAGGCGAGUUUGGGGGUGGGAGAUUAAUGGCUGGUCGGUUGAGGGGCUUCGACGCGGGUGUGAGGAGAAUGGCUGGGGGUGUAGGGUUGUUAGGGUCCAGGAGGAUGGAGGGUUGAGUGAGAGUAUGCGGGACUUGGUGGGCAGUUUGAAGGAUACUGAUCGGGUCGUUCUCUUUCAUGGAGAUAAUCGGUUUGCGGCGGACAUUUUGAGGGAGAUUCGUGAUGUUAUGGAGGGGAGGGGGGAAUGGAAUUGCAUUCGUCAUGUCAACUUAGGGCUUCUUCCGACGUCUGUUGAUGCUUGGGGGAAUGCGUGCAGGAUGGUUGAUGCGGAGUUGGGGGGUUGGGUCCAUGUGCAUGAGAAUGUGGACGUGCGCGAGAUCGAGCAGAAGAAGGGGCUUAUCACGGUGGAGUUUGGGAGGUUGCGGGCUGAAGCUCUUGGGAUGCGGGAUGUUGCUGCACCGGCGGAAUGUCGCCAUGUCGAACAAGUGAAGACUUAUGCGCCGGGAGUUAUGCACUGCGUUUAUGAUAUGAAGCUGCUGGCUUGCAGUGAGUUGCAGCAGAAGACCGCACGCUGA